CGUGAAACACAAUAUUAAUUGGACGGCAUACAUUUGUAGCCAAAUCAUCAUUUUACGUCUGAUUAUCGAAUGUAUUUAAGCUCACAAUUUGAUUUUCGACUAUUGAUUGGUUAAUUCCAUUUUUUUCAUUUUUAUUUGAUCAAAUCAUCAUAAUACAUGUUUACAUAGUUUAGCAACAGUUCAUCUUUAUUAAAUCGAUUGAUUGAUUGAUUAUCUGUAGAAAUAUAUUCCUUUUAAUAAUAUGGAAAAAAUGUCUAUUAGAUCGAUACAAUUAUUGCUACCAUCAUUAUUGACCAGAAAGCUGACAACAGGAUCAGUAGUACCGAUAAUUGGUUUUAAUAUUCAUAACAACAACUACAUUUACGCAUCCUUCAAACAUCAAUAUCAUCACUUGUCGUCAUCAUCAUCAUCAUCAGCAUCAUCAUCGUUCUCAUUAUCGAUAAAUCAAUUUUCAAUCACAAAAAGCAUUUAUUAUAAACGGCAACCGUAUUUUAUUGGAAACAAAGUUCAUUUUGUUCAAAAUCAUCGAUUAAGGACGUUGGUAACAAAUAAAUCCAAUUAUAAAAUGUCUACUACAAAUUAUUCUGUUGAUCAUCGUGGUUCCUUUAAUUCUCUUGAUUAUCGUAUUUAUUUCAAAGAUAAUAGCAAUGGAAAGAUAAUUAGUCCUUGGCACGAUAUCCCAUUGUUUGUCGAUAAAUCGGCCAAACAUUACAAUAUGGUUGUUGAAAUUCCACGCUGGACUAAUGAAAAAAUGGAAAUUGCUACUGCCGAACCAAUGUCACCAAUUAAACAAGACAUAAAAAAAGGUGCAUUACGUUAUGUGAAAAAUGUUUUCCCUCAUAAAGGUUACAUAUGGAAUUAUGGUGCAUUUCCACAAACAUGGGAAAAUCCGAAUCAUAUUGAUCAAGACACUAAAACAAAAGGCGAUAAUGAUCCAAUUGAUGUGAUUGAAAUUGGAUCACGUGUUGCUAAACGUGGUGAUGUCGUACCGGUAAAAAUACUCGGAACAAUUGCAUUGAUCGAUGAAGGUGAAACUGAUUGGAAAAUCAUCGCUAUUGAUACACGUGAUGAAUUGGCCUCCCAAAUGAAUAAUGUUGAUGAUGUUGAAAAAUUAUUACCCGGCUUACUUCGAGCUACAGUUGAAUGGUUUAAAAUUUAUAAAAUACCUGAUGGUAAACCGGCAAAUAAAUUUGCCUUUAAUGGUGAAGCUAAAGAUCGUGAAUUUGCUGAAAAAAUCGUUGAAGAAACACAUCAAUAUUGGCAAGAAAUGAUGGAAAACAAAUCCGGUGAACAUAAAUUGGAUUUGAAAAAUGUAACUUUGGGUAAUUCAUUUUCGAUCAAUGAUGAACAAGCAAAACAAUUUUUGGAAACACGACCAUCUAGUGAUGCUGUUGAACCAACACCAAUUGCUGAUCAAGUGGCCAUCGAUAAAUGGCAUCAUGUUAAAUUGAUCUAAUAAGCCAAUUUUUUUUGUCUUCAUUAGAGAAUAUUAGAAAUUGAUGAAACAAAUUUUUCUGAUAAUAAAAAAUGGAAAA